AAGCGCAUGCCGCGGUCUCUGCGCUAAUAAGGCUCGUCCCAGCAGUCGUCCUUGGUGCCCUCGAGCUUCUUGGAGUCUCCUCCUCCUCCUCCUCCUCCGCCAAGAUAGCGACGUUGUCCAAUCCUUCCAAAAUCGAGAUCGGCAAUGCCAACGCGCACCCCAGUUGUCACCGAUCUGACCGUAAGCUUCUGCUCUCCGACCGACCCUCUUUCCACCUGCGCCCUCGACUCACCGAGAUGGCUCCGCAUAGAGAAGGACCUCUACCUACAUACAGCUCAGCAGACUGCGUGGCUGCUGAUAGCGCAGGCGAGGGAAGAAGACCUUAAUGGGGACGACUUGGUGGUUACGGGGAUCAGAGUUGGGGAGUUGCAUCCCAGCGCUGGCGCUGGCUCGGACAAGGAGAAAUCAUGGGAGCGUCGACCCGGCGGCAUCUGGGUGUUAAGGAGCCCCUACACUGGCGACCGCCACCAGGCUGUGGCGGCCGUGGACGUUCUCUUUGGUGUGGAUGCAGUUGACCCGCGACCGCAAUGGGCUCUCAUGCGAACGCCGCUCCAGCUGGGCGCUCACCCUGAGGUACCAGUCGCAAGACUAACCGUACGGCAGGGCAGGGCGAAGCCGCCACUAGACGUCCCCCGGAUACCACUACGGGUCAAAGAGGACGGCAAGUUCAAAAUUGUCCAGAUCUCUGAUACACAUAUGGUGACUGGCGUCGGGGUGUGCAAAGAUGCUAUUGAUGCCCAUGGGAAUCCUUUGCCUGAACGCGGGGCUGACCCACUCACCGUCAACUUUCUUAGGGGAAUUUUAGAUAUCGAGAAACCAAACCUCGUGAUUCUUACUGGAGAUCAAUUGCACCACGACAUCUUAGACAGUCAAUCUGCUCUUUUCAAAGUAGUUGCUCCUUUGAUCGAGCGUUCAAUCCCAUACGCAGCCGUCUUUGGCAAUCAUGACGAUGAGGGUACUUACACAUUAUCGCGCACGGCACAAAUGUCAUUAUAUCAGGAUCUGCCGUUUAGUCUUUGUCAGUCAGGCCCAGAGCGGGUUGACGGCGUGGGCAACUACUACCUUCAAAUCUUCGCUCCUGAGCCAUCACAACUCCCGUUGUCGACUCUAUACUUCUUGGACUCGCACGGGCAAAUACCGAGUACAGUACGAGAUCCAGACUAUGACCCCAUUAAGCAAAGCCAAAUCGAUUGGUUCACACGCACUUCCCAAGCGUUGCGACAGGACCGGCAUGAGAAGGACAAUAAUCAUCUGUCACUAGCUUUCAUACAUAUCCCAAUUCCAGAAUACGCAGACAGCGAUCUCAUAGUGCGGGGCGGCAAGCGAAGAGAACCAACUGAAGGACCAAGUUUUAAUUCCCACUUCUACGAUGCCUUGGCCCAAGAAGGCAUAGCAGUAUUAAGCUGUGGGCACGAUCAUGUGAAUGACUUUUGCGCUCUUCGGCCACCAAAAGAGUCGCAGCAGGAUGACGACAAACCCCACGGCCCCUGGCUGUGCUACGGAGGGGGCAGUGGAUUCGGAGGGUAUUGCUCGUACGGCGACAAGCGAUAUCACCGACGAACGCGGGUUUUCGAACUUGAUACGAAGACCGGGGGCAUCAAGACUUGGAAGCGGGUCGAAUAUGCUAUGGAGAGAAUUGAUGAGCUGGAUCUUAUAGAUAGCGCCUCCAUUUGCCCAGCCACUUCUCAGCCAGAGCUCAGGCUAAGUUAGCUGAUAUAAGUCUCCAUCUGAUACAGCACUGAUCCAUUGCUGGCUCCUGUAUUGUGCGCUGGAUUAUAUCUAGCGGGGGUGAAGGAUAUGGGCACGGAGGAAGAGCUGAUGCAGAGCUGAUGCGGCGGAGCGCCGUGCUGUAGAGAAUGGUAGUCGGCCAGUUUAGCUAGAUGUGUCGGCAUCUGAUUUAAUGUCAGCGAUGAGCGCGUUGAGAUGUUCAAAUGCCAGGAUAGAAGGACA